GUUGGAGGCGGAGCGUUACUCGUGCAACAAUGAAACGAACAUGGCGGGGGCGCCCAGUGAAAAUGGACAAGAAGACUUAAUAGAAAACAACAAGCUGGAUGUUCAGGUGAAAAUUUUUACUGUCCCGUCCAACCCGCGACAGAAGGGAAUUCCAUAUGCCAGAGUCAACCAUAACAAGUACAUGGUCACAGACCGGGUUGCUUAUAUAGGUACCUCUAAUUGGUCAGGUGACUACUUUGUGAACACCGCUGGCUCUGCAUUAUUGGUAAACCAGACUUCAGCCCAGACAACAAGCCCUACAGUACAGGAACAGCUACAGGCAGUAUUUGAGAGAGACUGGGACUCUUCAUACAGCAGAGAAAUCAACCACAAUACCAAUCACAAAGAUGUUUGUUAGUUUUGGUAUUUGCCUUGCACUCUUGCCUUUGUGCUGUGCAAAUCAUUACUGAAUACUGCUCCAUUGUUCUGGGGUCUAAACGCACAGGUACAUAGAACAGGGAUAUCAUUUUUUCAUUGAUAACUAUUUGUAUCGUCUCCUCAGAGGAAUUACGCUUCCAUUUGUACUUUAUGCCUGUUGAAUUUACAUACAUUUGCACAUUGUGAUUUGCACGAUUCUUAACUGACAUUUAUAUUUACAUUUAUGCAUUUGGCAGACGCUUUAAGCGACAUGCAUUGCAUUAUCCUAUACAUGUUGUUUCUAAGUAUGUGCAAUAACCUGGGAUCGAACCCACGACCUUGGUGUUAACACCAUGCUCUUACCACUGAGCUACAGGAAAGCAUGCCAUACCUCUUCACAGAAACACUUUUCCUAAGUAUUUCAUCCUAAGCCUCAUCUUAAACAUCAUUCAGAAUGUUAUCUUUGAUUUCAAAUAGUGUUGAUUGCAGGUUUCUUUUUUGUAUUUAAUGAUUUCUUUAUGCUGCCUUGCAUCUGUGAAAGGGAUAAGUUAGCCAAAAAUGAAAUUUCUAUCAUCAUUUACUCACUUAUUUUUUCCAUUUUGUUCACCACCCGUAAAAGAUGUUAUAGGGACUGUCUGCCUCAGUCACCCUUGCUUUAUUGUAAGUAAACAGAGACGACGAAACUGAGCAGUGAUGUAGGCUUUUGGUCUCUUAACAUUCUGCCUUCUGUGUUUUAAGGAAGAAGGUCAUGAAGUUUUUCUUUACUUUAGGAUGUGUAAAUGAUGGCAGAAUUUUUAUUUUUAGGCGAGUUAUUUGUAGUUAUCUCAACAGUUUUUUAUUUGAAAUAUUAUUCAUGCCUGUGUUUAGUCAUGAACAUCACCAAGUAGGCUACAUAACAUUUUAAAGCCAUUUUAUGUUACAUUACCACUAUUGCACAGCCAGUGGCAACAAGUACACACUGCUGAUUUAGCUGCACAUGAAUUUCGAAUUCAUGGCAACAAGUACACACUGCUCUUGAAUUGUACAUGUUUUGUACAGUCUCUCUGUGCCAUUACAACUGUAAACAAGUUUUCCUGUUAAAUAAAUUGCAUUUAUACAAUCA